GUCCUUGGAGUUAAAUAAGCUAAUACUUAGACACCUCUGGCACAAGCAAUUAUGUUUGUGUAUUGAAUAAUUGAUUCAAAGAGGGGGGGAAGGGCUGCUAAUCAGAUCUGAGCAUAAUGAAUUGAUUUAAUUAACAGGGGAAUCCGAGGGUCUCUGGAAACUGCGCGCAUUUAUUCAGCGGCAGAGAGGCGAGAGCGCGGCACACAAACUGGGAGAGAGGCGGCGCGAGUUUGCUUUUAGCAGUUGUCAGAUUCGCAAUUGGAUUUGUUUGAAUAUAUAGUUGCUGUUUCGGAGCAAAUGAGAAGACGAAAAGGAGAGCAUUAACACCGAGAGGAGAGAGCUCAGCUGGUUCUCAGUCCGAGCGUGUGAUACGUCCGUGUGUGUGCACUCUUUUACGCAGAUAUACUCUAAAUUUAUCUCGCUUUUCGUUGUUUUUGGUUUUUUUUUUUUUUUUUUUUUGCCAUUUUUUACCUUCGCAUGGAAUUUAUCAAGGGCAACCGAAGCGGCGUUUAUUUGCAUUACAGUUCAGCCCGAAAAGGGGGUUCUCGUCGUGUUUAUCGCCGCAUUCCGUGCGUGAAUUAUUAUUGAUAGGAGGUGCAGAAAGCGAUCCGUCUUUCCAGGUUUUCUCGCUCCUUUUUUUCUACCCCCUUUUUUUGGUUUAGCGAGGCGUAGUCUAGUAGAGUCAGCCGCGCGUUUCAAAGCCAUUUCCAGGAGAAGCGGUGAGCAGACGGAGCGGUGCAGCCUGCUGGAGCCGAGGACGGAUCGCCCGGGGAAGGACUCCUCGUUCCUCAGGACGAUGGUGUUGGACAAGGAGGAGGGUGUGCCGAUGCUCUCUGUCCAGCCCAAAGGGAAGCAGAAGGGGUGUGCUGGCUGCAAUCGCAAGAUUAAAGACCGCUACCUGCUCAAGGCCUUGGACAAAUACUGGCACGAAGACUGUCUCAAAUGUGCCUGCUGCGACUGCCGCCUGGGGGAGGUGGGCUCCACCCUGUACACGAAAGCCAACCUCAUCCUCUGUCGCAGGGACUACUUGAGGCUCUUUGGUACAACAGGGAACUGUGCAGCCUGCAGUAAACUGAUCCCAGCCUUUGAAAUGGUGAUGAGAGCCAGAGAUAAUGUUUACCAUUUGGACUGUUUUGCCUGUCAGCUUUGUAACCAGAGGUUUUGCGUGGGGGACAAGUUUUUCCUAAAAAACAACAUGAUUUUGUGUCAAAUGGACUAUGAGGAGGGCCAGCUGAACGGCAGCUUUGAGACGCAGGUUCAAUAGUUCAUGGCAGCAACAAUCAGCUCCACACUUUACACACAAGAUGGAUGUUCUGCUGCACUUGGAAAAAGACAAGCGUCUGUCUGCUUGCCUGCAAUACUUUUUAAAUCCUCUUUAUCAGCUCCUCCCCUUCCCCCACCGCAAGGACUUCGUUGUAAAUGUUCAACUUUUUGCCCCUUCCACACCACACCAAGCCCCCACCCCCAACCCCAACACUGAGCAGUUACAAAUUUUGAUGUACAGUUGUGCCUGCUAAGCUGAGCACUGUAUUGCUUGUAUGUUUUGUGAAAUUUGCUUAAGGUUUUCUGUUUUCUUUUAGAAAUGGUUCACUGGAGGGUAUGUACAGUCUGUUUUCUCUGUAUAUAUAAACUGGAACAUUUAUUUUAUGAAAUGUAAUGCAAUUUUAUUACUAGUGUGAAUUAAAGAUUCCUAAAUGUU